AUGCUUCCAACAAGCCCCAAGUCACUAGUGCUCCUGGGCGCUCUGCUGACUGGACUCCUGGGUCCCGCGGGUGGCCAGGACGCACCCUCACUGCCCUGGGAAGUGCAGCGCUACGACGGCUGGUUUAAUAAUCUGAAGUACCACCAGCGCGGCGCUGCAGGGUCGCGGCUGCGUCGCCUGGUACCGGCUAAUUACGCUGACGGCGUUUAUCAGGCUCUGGAGGAGCCGCUGCUGCCCAACCCUCGCCUGCUAAGCGAUGCGGUGGCUAAGGGCAAAGCAGGGCUGGCCUCGGUCCACAACCGCACAGUGCUGGGGGUCUUCUUUGGCUACCACGUGCUCUCGGACCUGGUGAGUGUGGAAACACCAGGCUGCCCCGCAGAGUUCCUCAACAUUUACAUCCCACCUGGGGACCCGGUGUUCGACCCUGACAAGCGCGGGAACGUGGUGCUGCCCUUUCAGAGGAGCCGCUGGGACCACAGCACCGGACAGAGCCCCAGCAACCCCCGGGACCAGAGCAACCAGGUGACCGGCUGGCUGGACGGCAGCGCCAUCUAUGGCUCCUCUCAUUCCUGGAGCGACACUCUGAGGAGCUUCUCUGGAGGACAGCUGGCUUCUGGGUCCGACCCUGCUUUCCCGCGGGACACCCAGAGCUCUUUGCUCAUGUGGAUGGCACCAGACCCCGCCACGGGGCGGGGCGGGCCCCAGGGGCUGUAUGCCUUCGGGGCUCAGCGCGGGAACAGGGAGCCCUUUCUGCAGGCAAUGGGCUUGUUGUGGUUUCGCUAUCACAACCUGUGUGCCAGGAAGCUGGCACAGGAGCACCCGGACUGGGGGGAUGAGGAGCUGUUCCAGCAUGCUCGCAAGAAGGUCAUUGCCACCUACCAGAACAUUGCUCUAUACCAAUGGCUGCCCAGCCUCCUGCAGAAAACACCUCCAGAGUAUUCAGGGUACAGCCCUUACAUGGACCCCAGCAUCUCCCCAGAGUUCGUGGUGGCCUCUGAGCAGUUCCUCUCUACUAUGGUGCCCCCCGGGGUCUACAUGAGAAACUCCAGCUGUCAUUUCCGGAGAUUCCCGAUGGAAGGUUCCAACAGCUCUCCAGCUCUCAGGCUCUGCAACAGUUACUGGAUUCGGGAGAACCCCAACCUGAAGACUGCUCAGGAUGUAGACCAGCUGCUGCUGGGAAUGGCUUCCCAGAUCUCAGAGCUGGAGGACAGGAUAGUGAUUGAAGACUUGAGAGAUUACUGGCCUGGCCCAGAGAGAUUCUCCCGCACAGACUACGUGGCUAGCAGUAUCCAACGUGGCCGAGAUAUGGGGAUGCCCAGUUACAGCCAGGCUCUGCUGGCCUUGGGACUGGAGCCUCCUAAGAACUGGAGUGCUCUCAACCCCCAAGUAGACCCCCAGGUGCUGGAGGCCACAGCUGCUCUGUACAACCAGGACCUGUCCCAGUUGGAACUGCUCCUGGGUGGACUCCUGGAGAGCCACGGGGACCCUGGACCUCUAUUCAGCAGCAUCAUUCUUGACCAGUUUGUGAGGCUCCGGGAUGGUGACCGCUACUGGUUUGAGAACACUAGGAAUGGGCUCUUCUCCGAGGAGGAGAUUGCAGAAAUCAGAAACACCACCUUGCGGGAUGUACUGGUAGCUGUCUCCAGUGUGGACCCCAGUGCCUUGCAGCCCAAUGUUUUCUUCUGGCAGGAAGGUGCACCCUGUCCACAGCCUCAGCAACUCACAACUGAAGGCUUGCCCCAGUGCGUGCCCGUUACUGUGAUUGACUACUUUGAGGGCAGUGGUGCUGGCUAUGGUGUCACCCUCCUGGCUGUCUGCUGCUUUCCCUUAGUGAGCCUUAUUGUUGCUGGGGUGGUGGCUCAUUUCCGGAAACGAGAACGCAAGAUGUUACUAAAGAAGGGCAAAGAGAGUCUGAAGAAACAUCCAGCCAGUGAUGGAGUACCAGCUAUGGAGUGGCCAGGCCCUAAGGAGAAGAGCUAUCCAGUCACUCUCCAGCUGCUUCCAGACAGGAGUCUGAAGGUUCUUGACAAAAGACUCACCGUGCUCCGUAGCAUCCAACUGCAGCCCCCACAGCAGGUCAACCUCAUCCUGUCCAGCAACCGUGGACGCCGCACCCUGCUGCUCAAGAUUCCCAAGGAGUAUGACCUGGUGCUGAUGUUUAACUCUGAAGAGGACCGGGGUGCCUUCGUGCAGCUGUUGCAAGACCUCUGUGUCUGCAGUGCUCCGGGCCUCCACAUAGCUGAGAUGGAUGAGAAGGAGCUUUUGAGAAAGGCUGUGACCAAGCAGCAGCGGGAAGGCAUCUUGGAGAUCUUCUUCAGACAGCUUUUUGCUCAGGUGCUGGAUAUCAAUCAGGCUGAUGCAGGGACUCUGCCCCUGGACUCAUCCCAGCAAGUACGAGAGGCCCUGACCUGUGAGCUGAGCAGAGCUGAGUUCGCGGACUCCCUAGGCCUCAAGCCCCAGGAUAUGUUUGUGGAGUCCAUGUUUUGUCUGGCCGACAAGGAUGGCAAUGGCUACAUAUCCUUCCGGGAGUUCCUGGACAUCCUGGUGGUCUUCAUGAAAGGUUCCCCAGAGGAUAAGUCCCGCCUAAUGUUUACCAUGUAUGACCUGGAUGGAAAUGGCUUCCUCUCCAAGGAUGAAUUCUUCACCAUGAUGCGGUCCUUCAUCGAGAUCUCCAACAACUGCCUGUCCAAGGACCAGCUGGCUGAGGUGGUAGAAUCCAUGUUCCGGGAGUCAGGCUUCCAGGACAAGGAGGAGCUGACCUGGGAGGACUUCCAUUUCAUGCUGCGGGACUACGACAAAGAUCUCCGAUUCACACAGCUCUGUGUGAGAGGUGGAGCUGGAGGCACCAGGGACAUCGUUAGACAAGGCGGUGCCUGUCGAGUCUCAUUCAUCACCCGGACUCCUGGGAACAAGUGUGUGGGAUGGGAAGGACUGGUGGUCUCCUUGGCUAGAUCCGAACCCCUUUCUCAUGACUGCCCUGUCUAUGACUGCCACAGGGUAACGGGGCCCUCUCCCCAGCUGUAUACGGAGGCGCUGCCGGAGAAAAUGCAGAGGGGCUUCCUGGCCCAGAAGUUCAAGCAGUUCAAGAGAUUUGUGGAAAACUACCGGCGUCACAUUGUGUGUGUUACAAUCUUCUCAGCCAUCUGCAUAGGCCUGUUUGCAGACCGUGCCUACUACUAUGGCUUUGCCUCACCACCCUCGGACAUCGAAGAAACCACCUAUGUGGGCAUCAUCCUGUCCCGAGGCACGGCGGCCAGUGUCUCCUUCAUGUUUUCCUACAUCCUGCUCACCAUGUGCCGCAACCUCAUCACCUUCUUGCGGGAGACCUUCCUCAACCGCUACAUUCCCUUCGAUGCCGCUGUGGACUUCCAUCGCUGGAUUGCUAUGGCCGCAGUUGUCCUAGCAAUUUUGCACAGUGUUGGACAUGCAGUCAAUGUGUACAUCUUCUCAGUCAGUCCCCUCAGUCUGAUGGCCUGUGUCUUCCCUAACGUCUUUGUGAAUGAUGGGUCCAAGCUUCCCCCAAAGUACUACUGGUGGUUCUUCGAGACAGUUCCAGGUAUGACAGGAGUCCUCCUGCUCCUGGUCCUGGCCAUCAUGUACGUCUUCGCCUCCCACCACUUCCGCCGCCACAGUUUCCGGGGCUUCUGGCUGACCCACCACCUCUACAUUGUGCUUUAUGCCCUGCUCAUCAUCCAUGGCAGCUAUGCCCUCAUCCAACUACCCAGCUUCCACAUCUACUUCCUGGUCCCGGCGAUUAUCUACGGAGGGGACAAGCUGGUGAGCCUGAGCCGGAAGAAGGUGGAGAUCAGCGUAGUGAAGGCGGAGCUGCUGCCUUCAGGGGUGACCCACUUGCAGUUCCAGAGGCCCAAGACGUUUGAGUACAAAUCAGGGCAGUGGGUGCGAAUCGCCUGCCUGAGUCUGGGUACCAAUGAGUACCACCCCUUCACGCUGACCUCUGCACCCCACGAGGACACGCUCAGCCUGCACAUCCGGGCUGUGGGACCUUGGACCACUCGCCUCAGAGAGAUCUACUCACCCCCAGUGGGUGGCACCUGUGCCAGAUACCCAAAGCUGUACCUCGAUGGACCUUUUGGAGAGGGCCAUCAGGAAUGGCAUAAGUUUGAGGUGUCAGUGCUGGUAGGAGGGGGCAUUGGGGUCACCCCCUUUGCCUCCAUCCUCAAAGACCUGGUCUUCAAAUCGUCCGUGGGCAGCCAGAUGCUCUGUAAGAAGAUCUACUUCAUCUGGGUGACCAGGACUCAGCGGCAGUUUGAGUGGCUGGCCGACAUCAUCCGGGAGGUGGAGGAGAAUGACAGCAGGGACCUGGUGUCUGUGCACAUCUAUAUUACUCAGCUGGCUGAGAAGUUUGACCUCAGGACCACCAUGCUGUACAUCUGUGAGCGGCACUUCCAGAAGGCGCUGAACAGGAGUUUGUUCACGGGCCUGCGCUCUGUCACCCACUUUGGCCGCCCUCCCUUUGAGCUCUUUUUCAACUCUCUGCAGGAAGUUCACCCACAGGUACAUAAGAUUGGAGUCUUCAGCUGUGGUCCUCCAGGGAUGACCAAGAAUGUGGAGAAGUCCUGCCAGCUAAUCAACAGGCAGGACCGGGCCCACUUUGUGCAUCAUUAUGAGAACUUCUGA